AGUUCCCACAGCAGCGCAGGUGAGCUCUCCUGAGGACCUCUUCGUCAGCCUCCCUGAUUGUAGGGAGGAUCCAGGGUGGCAGGAAACUCCUCCAGCCCAGCCAGGAGCUCAGGAUGUUCCUGAAGGCCGUGGUCCUGACCCUGGCCCUGGUGGCUGUCACCGGAGCCCGGGCUGAGGUCAGUGCUGACCAGGUGGCCACGGUGAUGUGGGACUACUUCAGCCAGCUGAGCAACAAUGCCAAGGAGGCCGUGGAACAUCUCCAGAAAUCUGAACUCACCCAGCAACUCAAUGCCCUCUUCCAGGACAAACUUGGAGAAGUGAACACUUACGCAGGUGACCUGCAGAAGAAGCUGGUGCCCUUCGCCACCGAGCUGCAUGAACGCCUGGCCAAGGACUCGGAGAAACUGAAGGAGAAGAUUCGGAAGGAGCUGGAGGAGGUGAGGGCCCGGCUGCUGCCCCAUGCCAAUGAGGUGAGCCAGAAGAUCGGGGAAAACGUGCGAGAGCUGCAGCAGCGCCUGGAGCCCUACACGGACCAGCUGCGCACCCAGGUCAACACGCAGACUGAGCAGCUGCGGCGCCAGCUGACCCCCUACGCACAGCGCAUGGAGAGAGUGCUGCGGGAGAACGCCGACAGCCUGCAGGCCUCGCUGAGGCCCCACGCCGACCAGCUCAAGGCCAAGAUCGACCAGAACGUGGAAGAGCUCAAGGAGCGCCUCACGCCCUACGCCGACGAGUUCAAAGUCAAGAUCGACCAGACCGUGGAGGAGCUGCGCCGCAGCCUGGCUCCCUAUGCUCAGGACGCACAGGAGAAGCUCAACCACCAGCUCCAGGGCCUGGCCUUCCAGAUGAAGAAGAACGCCGAGGAGCUCAAGGCCAGGAUCUCGGCCAGUGCGGAGGAACUGCGGCAGAGGCUGGCGCCCUUGGCCGAGGACAUGCGUGGCAACCUGGGGGGCAACACCGAGGGGCUGCAGAAGUCGCUGGCAGAGCUGGGCGGGCACUUGGACCGGCAUGUGGAGGAGUUCCGACUCCGGGUGGAGCCCUACGGGGAGAACUUCAACCAAGCUCUGGUGCAGCAGAUGGAACAGCUCAGGCAGAAGCUGGGACCCCAUGCGGGGGACGUGGAAGGCCACUUGAGCUUCCUGGAGAAGGACCUGAGGGACAAGGUCAACUCCUUCUUCAGCACCUUCAAGGAGAAAGAGAGCCAGGACAAGACCCUCUCCCUCCCCGAGCCAGAGCAGCGGCAGGAGCAGCAGCAGGAACAGCAGCAGGAGCAGCAGCAGGAGCAGGUGCAGAUGCUGGCCCCUUUGGAGAGCUGAGCUGCCCCUGGUGCACUGACCCCACCCUCGCAGACACCUGCCCUGCCCUGCCACCUGUCUGUCUGUCUGUCCCAAAGCAGAUCUGGUAUGAAUUUGAGGACACAUGUCCAGUGGGAGGUGACACCACCUCUCGAUAUUCAAUAAAGCUGCUGAGAAUCUAGCCUCA